AUGUUGAGGAAGGAAAGAAAGAGACAUAUUUUAGAGAAUGGAGGAAAAUUGCUGGAAGAGCGGAUAAUUUGUUGCAAAGAUAAAUGUAGAUGUAACCCCAUCCGGAGUUUUUCAGCUGAACAAAUCCUGAGAGCUACAAAUCACUUUGAAUCUGAUUGCAGCUUCUAUAGUUGUUUUAAAUGGUACAAGUGUAGCAUCGAUGGCCUCCCGGCUCUAAUUAAAAAAUAUAAAGAUUCAAAAGCACUGAAUGCACAUCGUGACAUCGCAAUAAGUUGUCAAAUGAGCAGCCAUAGAAAUGCUCUUAAACUACUAGGUUGUUGCCUUCAAUUCUCUAGGCCAACAUUAGUUUAUGAACACGCAGAAUUUGGACCUUUGAAUGGAAGGGGAGGCAUAGGUAUUGAUGGUAAUCAUCCACCCUUAUCCUGGAAGAUGAGGUUGAAGGUUGCAAUAGGUAUUGGAAAUGCUAUAGCUUAUCUCCAUAAUGCAUUUUCUAGGCCUAUAAUAAACAGGGACAUAAAACAUUCACAUAUCUUUUUGGAUAAAGAUUAUGUUCCCAAGUUUUCUGAUUUUAGUUUCUCCAUAAUAAUUCCUGAAGGGGAAACACAUAUUGAAGAUGAUUUGAUAGGGACGUUUGGAUUUGUUGAUCCUACUUAUUUUGCAACAAGCCUUGUCACAGAGCAUACUGAUGUUUACAGCUUCGGAGUUCUUCUGCUAGUCCUUAUUACCGGAAAACAUGCUAUUGAUCAAAUUUAUCUCGACGAAAAACAAUGGAUCGGCGAUUAUGUAAGUAGUUUGGUUGAGAAGGAACAGUUCAAAGAAAUUUUGGAUUCUGAAAUUUUGGGAGGAGGAGGAAUCAAUGAAGAGUGUACGCCCUAA